AUGCUCGAGCUUAUACAUUUGCUCGAUUUGGAGCCGGCCCUUGUUCUCAUCCAAAAUUCUCAUCCCGCUGCGCGCAAUCGCUUCGUAUACUUUCCUGAAACCGGUUUGACACGCCUACCAUCCAGCAUUCUCUCUUUGUUAAGCUCUCAAAUAUCAAAGCGUCGGUCUCUCGGUAGCUUGUUGCCGUCUGUACUAGCAGAGCCCUUCAAAUCCUCAAAUCGACCAUUGGGUCUAACUGAUGAAUCGUUUGACCAAUUUAUUUCACGACGCUUCGGUCCUGAGUUCGCUCGCCGUUUUGUAUGCGUGCUGCUUUUGGAUCAGUUUGGGAUGCCGAAGACCGAGGUGGAGGCAGCGUCAUCAGAGGAAUACUUCGAGGACGAUAAGGCCACCUCAUCUCGAAUCCGAUCUCUUGAGGGUUGGUUGAGGAAUGACCCCAGGGUUGAAGUUCGGGCAGGUAGCUCCGUCCACGCCGCCAAACGUUCUGAAGACGGUGAUAUAGUGUUGGAAACCUCUACGGGAGAAGUAAAAGUUUCUCACCUCGUCUCGACUCUUCCGCUUUCCCGAAUCUCCAACAUUAUCUCAUCUCUGCGUCAAGUACUGGAUAUGGGCACCAGUCCCUAUAGCACUGUCCAUGUGGUAAAUAUGGUUUUCUCACCUGGCCAAUUUCCGAUUCACCCCCCUGGCUUUGGCUAUCUUGUUCCCCGCCCCGAGGCUGGUUACGAUUCCGCAGACAAUCCUGUUCUCGGUUGCGUUUUUGAUUCGGCCACAGUAUCUAUUCAUAAACCAACGGUUUUAACUUUGAUGCUUGGCGGUCCUUUCCCGAUUCGAUCUACACAGUUAUCUAUGGAGUAUAUCCUGUCCCUUCUUUCAAGACAUCUCGGCCACGAACGUCUACCGGAACCAAUUGUUCAUCGUUACCAUAUUCACCAUGAUUGUAUCCCAACUCCACUUGUUGGUCACCUCGAACGGAUCUCCACUUUACGUGAGGCCGUGCAACAGGAAUGGGCUGGGAGUUUAGAAAUCAUUGGAUCGGGCGUUGGGGGGGUUAGCCUUGGAGAUUGUGUUCGGGACGGGCGUGCAGCAUCGAUCAAUAUUGCGCGAAGGCUUCAAAGUGGUGGCUAA